CAUCCUCAUGGCGCGCUUCGCCAAAGAUGACAUCGAAGGCCGCAUAGGCGAGCUUCUGCCGUCGAUUCUGCGCAGCAUCAAGGCUGAGACAUCCGAGCGCGAGACAGUUACCGCGCUGCGAGCCCUCGCCGUGACCAUCGUCACGCUCGACUCGGACGACCUCUACGACUCGGCCGCCGACCUCCUCCGCCGCAAAGUGUCCGACUCCGAGUCCACACAGGUCAAGAUCAGUGCUAUCCAUGCACUGGGCACGGCCGCCUUCUUCGGCGGCACCUCCGAGGACGAGCUCGAAGACACCAUGGCCUUCUUCCUCGAGAUCGUCGAGUCAGACGGGCUCUCCAUCGACGCUCACGACGAGGGCUCCGUCGUCAUCGCCGCCCUCGAAGAAUGGAGUCUCCUCGUAACCGCCCUCGACGACUUCGAAACAACCACCGAGACCGCCAUGGAAGCCCUCGUCGAGCAGCUCGACUCCGCCGAUGCAGGCGUCCAGGGCGCCGCCGGUGAGGCCAUUGCCCUCUUGUACGAGAAGUCGUACACGCCCGUCGAAGACGACGAGGUGCCCGAGCCUACCUCGGAUGACGACGAGCUGCCUCGCGGCGCGCAGGAAAAUUUAUUUGUGAAGCGCUACACUGUGUACCGCCGGCAGGACCAGCUGCUGCACACGCUCGACGCCCUCGCCAACGCGUCGUCACGCCGCAUCUCCAAGAAGGACCGCAAGACGCUGCACAGCACGUUCGGGGAUAUCCGCAACACCGUCGAGAAGCCGACCCGCGGGCCCAAGUACAGUACUGCUAUUGACCAGGAGACGGGCUUCGUGUACGGUGGCGGCCGCAUGAAGGUCAAGAUCAACCGUAACUGCGAGGUGCGCAUCGACAAGUGGUGGAAGCUGCAGCGGCUGAAUGCCCUGAGGCGCGUGCUACAGGCCGGGUUUACGCAUCACUAUGACGAGAACGAGGCUGUGAGUCGGUGCCUGCCGUUUUCGAUGAGCGGUCGGUAGAGCGGCGUAUUCUUAGCAUCUUUUGGGCGGGCCUGUCUCAACGAGAAAUGUAUCGUAGAGGGCAUCUAAAUGUAGAGACAUGUCCUGUUUGGUUGCCUUUUGUCGUUUGGAGCAGAUUUAUGCAGGAUAUUUUGCAUCUGCUUUCAUGUUGUUUUUGUUGCAUCUAAUACCCAGCAUAUUUUGUACGUCAUAUUGGAGGGAAUCGCAUGGUACACUUGGUAGACAGGCUAGUUAGGAUGGCUUAGGUGAGUUCAAGUGAUAGUAUCAUCUCGAACAUUGGGUGUCUUGUAGCCGUGGUAGAUUGAUUGUAUGCUGAAAAAUUUGUCGCUAAACAUGUAGCGUCUCCGGCGAGCUGUA